UAGCACCAGGACUGAAGACAUGAUCAAGAAGUGGUCCUCUACUCUGGAGGAACCUUCUUACGAAACACUAAGUAGAAGACUUCAACUUCUUUCCGCCCGAGAUGAAGAUGUUCUGGCGCAAGAUCAAGCGGAGCGGAUCUAUCCUGGCAAAUUGCUAGGCGUUCUGGGUAGAAAUGCGG